GUGAAGGGUACUUACAGGCAGCAGGCGGUGACAUCGUAUUACAACGACCCACUGGAGCACGCAUGACACCUGCAAAUCAUGCGAUUUCUUGUCGAGAGCGGCAUGGUGUUCAACUGCGUGAAGCUUGAGAGCUUCGAACGCAUGUUAACAAUGAUCAUCCCACCUGGGGUUCCUGGGUUGCCCACCCCGAAACCCCCGACAUAAUACAUGAUCCGUACCUUGCUUUUGGAUGAGCUUGAUGCGGAAGUUCAAAAGUGUGUGAAACCCGUCCUUGCUACUUCGGCAACCUACGGAUGCACGAUCAUGACGGACGGGUGGACCAACAUUCAGGGCCAAACGUUGUGCAACUACCUCGUCGGGACCACGCGGGGCGCGACAUACGUCGCGACAGAUGUCAUGCGAGGAAAGAAGGAUGCCGCCGCUCUGGCGCAGGCUUGGCUGCGAAGGUUGAAGUUCCUUGACAUCAAGCUCGCAGACAUCACCGCGUUCGUCACAGACUCGGCUAGUUCCAACGUUUCUGCGAUGGAGGUGUUCCAGAAGGAUGAGAGUGUUAAGCACAUCUUCUGGAUUCCUUGUGUGGCGCACGUCAUGGACCUCAUCCUCGAGGAUAUCGGCGACAUUGAGUGGGUGGCGACCCGCAUUGCUCAGGCGCGGGUGGUCACAAAGUUUUUCAAGCGCCAUAGCCAUGCUCGCGAGGUUUUGCAAUCUUCCUCGACGGCAGCACUGUUGCUUCUUGCCGAGACUCGCUUCGACACGCAUGUCAUUAUGAUGCGGCAGCUUCUUAGGUUGCAAUCGCAUCUCAUGAGGGUGGUGAUCGACGAUCGGUGGAAGGACACUGUUUGGGCGACGAAAAAGAUUAGAGACAACGCCGCGGAGGUCACAACAUGUGUCGGUUGUCCUCGGUGGUGGGAGGAUAUGACGGCGUUGUGCAAGUUGUUGGAUCCCAUCAUGGACAUGUUGCAGAUGGUGGACAGUGACACGAGGCAGAUUGGCAAGAUUUUGCAUCGGUACGACGAGAUGAUCGUGCGUUGUUUGUCAGCAUGUGCCUCGUUUGACAGGGAUGAGCAGGACGCAGUUCUCGAAGUGUUUGACAGACACCGCAAAAUGUUCAAGUCGCCUGCUCAUAUUGCUGCCAUGAUGUUGGAUCCCAGAGAGCUCACGAUGCCAGACGACGACGAGAUGCAACAGGGUUUGAAAGUCGCUCUUGUUCAGUUCGGGUACCCGGAGGGUUCGGAUCAGCACAACGAGGUGCUGGCUGCCGUUGACAAGUUUCACACCAGGGAACCGCCGUUCGACGACGUGGCCAUGGACCGAGCGGCGAGGAGCUACACCCAUCCAACCACGUUUUGGGAGUCGAAGGAGAAGAGGUUCCCGCACACAGCCUUCUUUGCCGGCAGGAUACUGCGUGUGUGGGCGACUGCAUCGCCCUGCGAGCGAGCAUGGUCCUGCUCCAGCUUCAUCCACUCCAAAUCCCGAAACAGAUUGGAGGUGGCACGGGCCAAGAAGCUCGUGCGAUGCCACGGGAACCUUCGACUCCUCGACAGGCAGGGUAUGUCGGACGAUGCUCCCAACGACAGGCCACAUCCAUACGGGAGCUGGGUGCACUAUUGGCAGCAGGUGGAGGAGGAGGUGCCCACUGACCAGCAGCUUGUCGCCGACAGAGGAGCCCGUGUUGCGGUGACGCAUGAGGAGUUGUUGCACGCUAGAGAGAGGAUGCGUGCCGUGAGGAGACGUCGUGGAGGUGGUCGCGGAGGUGGUCGUCGGGCCGGUCGUGGGCGAGGCGGGCGUGGAGGUCCUGACGGGAGGAGGAGUGUCGCGAGUCGUGGAGUGACGGCGGACCAGCUUGUACGCAAGCCUCGCCAGCGAUGGGAGGAGGGAGACUUUUUGUACGAGAGCUCGUCGAGUGACGAUGAGGAUUUCUUCGGCAGUGGCACGCUUGCACAGGAUGGCGACAACGAUUUCGACGACCGUCACCCAGACGUGGACGACGAUGACGGCUCCGGAGGCGAUGAUCGUGUGGCCUCGAGACCUGCAGACGGUGACACCAUGGACGUCCAGGGGGCGGGAGGCGAGCACCGAACAGCCUCGGACAGGGUGCGAGAUGGAGCGACUGAUGGUGGUGCAGGACUUGUGGACAGCGGUGGCUUGAGGCGCUUGAAGCGCGUACCCAGGGAACGAGACACUAUCGCUUUCUGUGUGCGCAGACAUCAUGGCGGGGKUCCCGACAUUCCAAGAGCAGCAGUCCCUCAAUUUGAGCAGAUUCAUGUUUCAGAGGACUCUUUGAGCGACCAUGCCGACGAGGAGCGGAUGGAGGUGAUUGACGGGACCAGUCAUGCCGGAAGUGACACUUUCAGUAUGCACGCGAUAGCUCCGACGGGGUCCUCGGCAGCAAUCCAGGAAUCGGAAUUGGGUCAGGGACCGUUGAUGCGUCAUCCCGAGUUGAAGGGAGACAACGAUGUUCUCCCGGUGAUGGAUGACGAGGGUUUUGCUCAUUCAAUGCAUCAGCUCACUUCUGCUGGAGCGCCUGCAUUGUUGGUUGUAGCAAGCUCCGAUGUGCGACUACCGCUGUCAGCGGCGGAGCGAGAGACUUUGCCGCCGGCUCCCAGUGCUUUGGAUGAUCAUCCCGAUGUAGGCAUGGAGGGGGUUGAGAGGCAGCCACCAAGCACACAGGGAGCCGAUGCAGUUGACACUGUUGCUGGGGGGUUGGACGAGCCCGGAGCCCGGAUUGCAGGCAGACCCUCUGCACCUUGUAUGGGGACACGAUCCAUCGGGAGUGUCAACGGUGCUCGCCACACCGCCAUGUCAGAGCAUGAGGACCGACAUGGGAGCGCCUUGCCGACGAAGACCUCUGAUGUCCAUGCUAUGAGGGCCACGAAGGUGAGUCUUUCUCGAGCAAGGAAGAAGGCUUCGGAAAGGAAGGCGUCACGCUCGUCACCACGUAUGCGAUCCCACAUUGGGCGAUUCGGUGUUGCGCCUCUCGAGGACGGAGAGAUUGCACCUGAUGGCGCUGCGUUGGAUGUUGGAGAGAGGCCUGCGGGGGCGGACAGCGUCUGCAAGGAGGGUGCAGGCACUACAGGCACUGUAGGACAUGCAGUGGCAGGUCAGAAGAGACGUGGCAGUGUACUUAUCGUCCACGACGACARCACGCAUGUCGCCCGGGAGAGACCACAGGCACUGAUGAUGCGGGGGACUCUGAUUACGUGCCUGAACCUCGGGGGACGGACGGAGAUAUUGGAGGAGGGCGACGAGUGAGACCGAGAACACGACUCGGGCCAUCCGGCCAGGUACUGCAAGGCACAACAUCGGUGACGAUUCUUGCCCCCAUUGAUCA